CACGAAUCUGAACUAGGAAGCACGCAGCCUCGCUAGGUUGCAGCCUUCCGUUUGAGACUGGCUGUCAAGAACCAAAAUUCAAAGCAGUACAGAGUGUAAGCGCUUUGCGCAUGCUCAAACUGAAGAGGCCGCUCAACUUCUGUCCUCCGCGCGCUGGAGUCGCCAUAACUGGAACCGGGGAAUCGGUUUAAGGCUCACUGAGUGCCUGUAGCAGGGUGAAUCAGAAUGGGAGACAAGCCGAUUUGGGAACAAAUAGGAUCCAGCUUUGUGCAACAUUACUAUCAGCUGUUUGACACCGACAGGACUCAACUUGGAUCGAUAUAUAUUGAUGCCUCAUGCCUUACGUGGGAGGGUCAGCAAUUCCAGGGAAAAGCAGCGAUUGUUGAAAAGCUUUCCACCCUGCCCUUCACAAAAAUAGCUCACAGCAUCACAGCACAAGACCAUCAGCCCACCCCUGAUAGCUGCAUACUGAGUAUGGUAGUAGGCCAACUAAAAGCAGAUGAUGACCCCAUCAUGGGAUUCCAUCAGAGCUUCAUCCUGAAGAACAUUAACGAGGCUUGGGUUUGCACCAAUGAUAUGUUCCGCCUGGCGCUGCACAAUUUUGGUUAAACGCCCCAUGGCUAGCAGGAGGGAAGUGGGGGAAGGUGGAGGAUGGGGUUCUGCCCUGAUGACGCCUGAACCUGUCAAUCAGCCCUUCAUUCAUCACCCUCAAGAGAAAUGGCUCCGGAUUACAGCAGUCAAUCACAGAAAACAUGCAGGCAUAUACUGUACUGCCUCUACUCCAGAAAUGACAUGUUUCUUUUAUGAAAGCCCACACAUCCAUCAAGCUGACCCUUUUCCUUCGCCAACCUGCAUGAUGAUGGGGAACUUAAAUAUCAGCGGAUCCGCCACCAGGACAAAAACGUAUUAACCUAACCUCGGGUGUUUGAUAUUUACAUUUUAGUUGCUGAUUUUGACUUUGAAAUUACAACCGUCUUUCUGCCUAUCUUUGCUUUAGUACAACAUGUUCAGCUUGUUUUUAGAAUAUGCUCCUUGUAGUUUAAAUCUUUUUUUGUUUUUGCCCCACUUGAAAAUUGGUGUGAUGUCAGGUGGCCCUAGCUAUCCAAAGAACACCCCACUGAUUUCCUCUUCCCCUCAGACCAGUGUGCUUCCCACUUUCUGCUCACUGUUUAAUAAUCACCAAGCCAAGAUACACAAUAAAACAUCUGAAUUUUUCUUAACAACAUCAUCAUCUUGUUCAUCCCCCCCGUCUGGUUUUGCGUCUACCUUUUUUUCCCUUUUUUAUGCUUGUCUUUUCAUGUUUUUGAUACUGCUCCAUAUUAGAUUCUAUCAUUAAGAUUAUAGAUUGUUUUGAGCAGAGCAGAACACGAUGGAGCUGUUUUUUCUCUUUUUGAAGGUGGCCAGUGUUUCCUGAAGCAGUUGUUUAGACUAAAAUAAUAAUGUUGACUUAUUUUGGAAGAACAUCACUAUGAUUAGCAAAGGAUCACGUCAAUAUUUUCCAACAUUUUUCCUAACCUUUAAAAAUGGUAGAAUCAUAAAUUAAUGCUCUUGUUAAAGAGGAAAAAUCAUAAGCAUCCUCCAGUUAUGCCACAUCAAUAAAGCAAGUUUUGCCAAGUUUAAGAAAGAGUUUGAAAUCAGAUGAAUCUUCUCAGCGCUUUUAUUCUUUAAUUUUCCCUUUUGUUUUAGUUCAUAGGUUUUGCUUCCCCUGUUUUCCAAUGAUACAAAUCAUGGAGUAAUGGCAUGUGGGAUGUUAUGUUUCAUAAGCUUGAAUGAAUGUAAACGUCAUUGAGUUUGUAGUGUGGCCAAAGCUGUUAGCACCUUCCAUAUUUAGGAUUACAUUUUGACAUUUGCAGUACAAGAAGGGUCACAGACACAAAGCCUGAAACAUGGCUAGCUUGUGGGAAUAUGAUAUGGCUAUUUUCUCGUUUACACUAAAGGAGUUAUGUUCACCGUUUAGGAUAAGAAAAAUCAUAUUCACAAAAGGCCUUUGUGCCAAGUGAUGGUACAGAUAUAUUAGAAAUAUCUUUUUUUAGAAAGUAUUCUGCAUUGUAUCUUUUUGCACUGAAAUAUCUAGACUGAUCUGCUAGAACAUCAAUAUAAUGAAUCAGUUUCUUGCAUUAUGUUUUUACUGGAAUACAUGUAUUGUACAUGUACUUCAUGCUUGUUUUGACCCUGCAGAUGUCCACUCUCUGUGGUUUAAGGGCAAGAGCAAAAGAACACUUGAUUUUCACAAAAACAGUAAUACAGUAAUACAAUGUGAAUACAGUAAGAGAUACUUCAGCCGCCUACAUGUAUGUGGAAAUAAAGGAGAUCAAAUUAAA